AUGAGUCAAAUGAUAAUGCAGCAAAAAAACAAGCUACUCGUUGAGAAAGUUAUUUUUCAGGUGCAAUUAGAAUACAAGAUAUUCCAGAAAUAUGAAAACACAUGGCCAUUGGAGAAGAAAGCUACCUCAAACCUCGAGGACUCGUCGCAACUAUAUGAAACACAGCACAGGAUUGGGAAACGAAAAGCAGAAGAGAUCUGUGGUGAUGAAGAAUCAGAUUUUUGGGACGUUAAUGAGGACAUGUCCAUCAUUGACUUUGAUCAUCUGUGCUCAGAAACAGAUAGCCCAAGUGAAGCAAGUGAUGAUGACAGUGGUGAAGACCUAUCAGAAGACGGGCAAGACAGCAACAAAGACAAAGAUGAAGACAAAGACAACGACAUGGUGCCAGUCAAGAGAAAAUCUACAGACCUACCAGCCUCGGAAGUAUGUAGCAAGACAUCCAAGUCUGGUGCAUGCGGAUCAUCAGAUCAUAACGAACGUCCAAGUCGUCCUCGAAAAAAACAGUGCAAAGAAGAAUCAGAAGAUGAGCAUGGCGGCGAAAGUGACAAAGACGACAAUCUGGUGCCAGUCAAGAGAAAAUCUGUCGCACCAGCCUCACUGGAACACACUAAACAUAGCAAGAUGUCCAAGCCCUCUAGGCGACUAUUGGAUGAUAGCAAACUUCGUCCUCAGAAACAACAGCAGGAGCGAGCCAACAUUGCUGAAAAGCAAAAGAUGGUAACAGCGAAGCCUGACCCCAAGACCACUGUAGGAUGCUCUAUCAAGAUCACAAACGUGAGAUUGCCUCCAAACGAGGAUGAGGACAAGGACGACACCGAUUAUCAUGAGCUCGCUGCCGCUGCCACUGCCGACAGUCCCAUUGCAAGUCACCAGCCACCAAAGACAUGUCCUGGAAUGGACUGCAAAGAUGUGAUCCCCAACAAUAUCUCUGACCAGCUCAAGACUGCCUUGUCCACCUACAUCAGCCUUGUCAAGGAAAGGAAGACCAAUAUUCAUUUGGAGACGGAUAUCUGUAUCUUAAUCAAACGAGAGCAUUGUCAGCUCGAAGCCCUCAAGGUUGCAGAGGCAAAAGGUUGGCCAGCCAUGAAAAUCAAGUUCAAAGAUAUCCCCUCUCGUGUUCUGGAAAUGUAUGACAAACUCGAGAAACUUUUGUUCAAUGCAGAAGCACGUGAGAACCUCUGGCUCUGGACCUGUUUCAAAGCUGACCUCAAAGUGAAUCAUUACACAAUAGUGCAAUUUGCUCAAAUGCGCAUCCCUCCAAUGUCUUUGGCAAUAUGGGAAAACUCGCACUGCGGAUAUUCGAAAGGUGCCGCAAUUGUUAUGCACAUGCUACUCCAGCUAUUUCCACCAAUGACAUCCACUGAUGCUUUUCAGCCUCUUUCACUUUUGCAGCACCUAACCUACUUCAUAAUUCCCCAUGUCGUCUGUCAGUUUAUCGCUCAAGACUUCGGCCUUUUGUCGACCAUGCCCACGCACAAUAUCAUGGUAGAAAGUAAUGAUGUUGGCGAACUGAUCAAUCCCGAGCACAAUGAUGAUGAUGAGCUCAAUCAGAUCAAACGUGCAAUGACAUUCGCUCUUAAACAGAGAAACCUUGAGGGCCAAACGAUCCAUGACGCUGCUAAGGCACUGGUCACGCUUCAAUAUGCAAAGACAACUGAUGUUCUGGGCAUGAGUGGUGUGCAUCUUUUACUUUGAUCUCACAGAGCUGACAGCAAUAGGAUCAGUCAAACACUCGCCCAAAACUGCAUCUUGUGCUUCGUCCACCAAAGGAGGGAGCCCCUUGCACAUCUAGUGCUUCGGGUCAGCAAGAAACCAUUCAGGUCCGUUGAAACAUAGCGAUUUGACCACAGAAUCACUACACACUGCAUUUCAACCAUCCAGGUUGCUGCAAGC